AUGUCCUUCAGUGAAUGUGUGAACAGUUACAACGAAGGCAAAAACAGUGAGAAGGUCUUGCUGGUUAGUCGAAAACUUGGAAAGAAUCGCAACGAUGACCUCAUUUUGCAUGCUAAGGCUGGAGAAUGCAAGAAAACGCCAGUGGAUGUUCUGUUCUUGGUCGACAUUACCACGGAUAACAAUAAGGUAUUCGAGGCACAACAGAAGAAAAUUGUCGAAACGAUUCGGCAUUUGAGUGGAAGUGGAUUUGUAAGCGAUGCACGAUUCGGAAUUAUUGUUUUCAAUCAGCGACCGCUUCUGCUCGUGCCAUUGACGUCUCCACGAGCCAAAAUUCUCGAACGAGUAAUUUUUACUAUCUGUUUGAAGAUAUCGAUAACAUCUUAUCUUAUCGAUGGUUUUUUCGCCUUUGAGAUGAACUAA